GGUGAAUAAAGCAAGUAGAGAAGCAUUAUAAAAGAUAAUGAAAUGUUAAACAUAGUUUUUCAUUAUUCUCUUGUUCACAGUAGUCAGAAAAUGCUAAUAAACAAAGCACAGUCAAGACGUUCAGGGAGUAUACUACUUACUGUUGUCGCGAUAUGGAGUUUGUUUGGACAGUCAGUGAAUGCAUGCAAAAAUAAUCCGUUGAGCUGCAUUCACGGCGAAUGUAUUGAUAAUAUCUGCGUAUGUGAGGCGUGUUGGACAGGUCAAAACUGCGACACACGAUUGUCUAGAAAAGCUACAUUCACUCAAAGAGAGUACAUCUUUGAAAUCAAGCUUACCCAACCUAUUUAUGAAGAUGCUAUUGGUCGCCUUUCACUAAACGACGAAAACUCUUCCUUAGCGACAUGUGAAACCGUCCAGUUCAGUGUUGUUACUGAGGCUGCCGACUUACCCAUAUAUAUAGAUUCAGAAACUGGUGUUUUGCACUUGCACAGUUUUAAUGAAGAAGCAGUGGGAAAUCGCACUUUUACUUUCAAAGUAACUGUUCGAAAUUUUGGUACUCUUUCAAUAAUAUCUGAUGAAGCAGCUGUCAACCUUUCAGUUUACCAAACUUAUUCUGACAGACAAGGCAAAAGCAGUAUAAAACUCACUAAAAGGGGUAUGAUAUCUGGUCCUACUGAAUCCAGCAUCGCAUUCUACAGAUCGAAUACUAAGAAAGAUUCCAGUUAUUGUCUUUUUGAUACAUGGUUUGUCGACUCAGAGAUCAUAUUGAGGCCUGGAAAUCACAAUCCUGUAAUCAAAAUGUACGGACCCUCUUUAAACGGAAAGUAUUAUGGAUACAUUAAAUAUUUAUUCACCUACUUCAAUGGUACAAAUGUAGCAAAGAAUGCUACAAUGGGGUUUACUAAUGUUACAUAUAUAAAUGCUCAGUCAUUGGCUUCAGGGUUCACAAUGUUGCCAGGCUUGAUAAAGGUUUCAUCCAUACCUGCUUCUAAUCAAAGUGAUUUUGGUUUCAAAAUGCGUUUUAUGGUGGGUCUUUUUUCUGAUAUGUCAGCCUUGGUAGCAGGAACAGCUCUGACAUUCAAAUUAGAGGCUACUUUGGAUACAAAUAUAAGCAUAUCACUUCCUCUGUUGGUUUCUGAAAAAUGUCCAGAUCAAAAUGAUGUGAUCACGUUUGUAAAAUGCCCUGAAAAUGUGGCAAUGGGCGGAAUCUAUGAAUAUUCCAUGGAGUUUUUUAUAAGCAAACCUAUUGGAGAUUAUCUGUUCACUUUUACCACUGAUGAAUUUACAGGCUCAAUUGGACAUAUGUUCCUUACGCUUCCUGACAGUUUUACUGAAUAUCCAGAAGAAAGGGAAACAGACUCAUCAGAAGUAAUUUCUGGCAAGUCUAUAUUCACCACAAUGCGCUCCAUAGGUGUUACAAAUCUACAAAGCCUCGGAGUUUCCGACACUUCACUGUCAAUAUCCAAUCGCUCAGUUCUUUUGACAGCUUACGUUCACUUUUCUACGAAGAGUUUGUAUUUAGCUAGAUUUGAAGCAAAAUUAACACCAAUGGGGAAAAAUUCAACACUAAAGUCUUGUGACAGCAAAGUCUUCAAGUUUUCAGCUUACCGAAAUGAAACGAAUGCUAAAAUUAAGAUGACUGAUAUUCAACCCAUGCAGCAAACCGAAAAAAUCCAAUACUUUCCGAUUCAAGUAUCUGUUCCACAGUUCGUAGCGUCACUCUACUUUGUAUAUGUGAGAAUCAGGAGCACAUUAUUUGUUGAUAUAUGUUAUUUGGAGUACUUGCUGGUGGAUACAGCAAAUUCCAAUAAAACAAGAAAUAUAAGACUUAUUUCAGAAUUCGACACAAAUACUGCAGUUUGGCGCAGACCGUUCUCAAUUACACCAAUCGGUAUUUAUGCUAAUGAAAAGACACCAUCCAGUCUUGUGUACAAUUUUAGACUUGGAAUUAAAUUAAGCUACGAUAGCAGUGCAUUUGUGGGUAAUCUUAUUUCUUUAUGGUAUUAUAUGGCAUCACCUUCAUGGAUUACGAAUGACGUAACCACUACCAUUCCAAUAGGCUCUAUGGUGAAACCGACAUCUACUGCACCAAUCUCUAAAUAUCCUACGCUUACCAUCAGAAAAAUAGAACCACGUAAUUCAGGUCCAAUGGUGAACUUUCUAACUAUUAUACAAGUUCAUGUAAGAUUGGUAGAAGACUUUGUUUAUUAUGGAAUAAGGGCACAAAUAAAUAUAACUGGAGGAAAACUAGUCAGUCAAGCCAUUAAGAAAAUAGGAUAUCGCUUAGAAACUCUGGCACCUGUGUCUUACAGUAGUUCUCUUGCGAAUGACAGUGCAUUUUUAACACUAACUUCAGCGCACUCGAAUCAAUCAUGUGCUGAUGGUGGUUGUGAUUUAGCAGUGCAUUAUUUAAUAACGCCAACCACCACUGCACCGUUUACAAUUAUUUCAACGUUUUACUUCGGUGUGAACAGGAUUCAAAAGAAUUUGACUAUCAUCCCUCAACCCUACAAUCUUGGUGCUGAACCGUCAGUAAGUCAGACUCCUGGUGUUGAACUGAUUGCCCUAGAACUUCCAAAAAACCAAUUUCGCUCAAAUUUUGUUAAUCAAUUAAAGUUAACCUUCAGUAUCAAGCCUUUCAUAAGGCAGACAAUAAAUUUUCAACUGUCAACAAGUGAUUUGUCCGGGAAAUACACAUUACUUAAUCCAAGACUCGUUAAAGCAGGCUCUUUGAUAUCCUACACCAGUACAAAGGAAACCACUUCAGACAAAAUGAUUACUAUUUAUGUAGAAAAUAUUUACUAUGAAGGUUCGGAAACCGAUUUAGUAUUAUCAUCUGCAAAUGAAAUCAUAUACUUUGUGCCUAUGUACGUUAACAAGGGUUACUCAUCUGUGCUAAAUUUAACUUAUAAAAUGAACAUUCGGUUAACAUCCGUUUCCGGCAACUUUACAUUUUAUGCUGGCGCUCCUUCAGAGACUUUUGAAACAACAAUUUUUACCAUGAACACUGUAACAACUACCAGUCCAAAUGGUGCAUACGGACAUUUGUACACUGGACAGCCUUUCAUCAUUAGCUUAUGUUCUUAUGUAACGGACAAUCGUUGUUCAGAUUACACACAAUGGAUCCUCCAGAUUUGGGACAAAUAUGUAAUGAAUAUAACAAAAGUAGUUAUAACAGGCCGCGGAGAGAAUGUAUGGUUCACAGACACCUUCAAAUUGACUAUCACCUAUCUACAGAAUACGGUGAAAGUGGAAUUUGGCAGACUUUGCGUCAUCGCUGAGUAUUUCAACACUAUAUGCAUGGACUACUAUACACAAAUCUUUGGAGAUACUAAUUUUACCUCGACGCGAAAUUUCAAUUUUCCUUCACUAUUUAACAUUGGCAAUCAAACAAAGAAUGUGUCUUCUGGUUCCUUUUAUAUUCCUGUCACACCAAGUUAUCCAACCUACAAUGACAUGAUAAUUGAACUGACUCCACCUAACAUAAUCUUACAACCAGGACAAAUAGGAAGUUUCACUAUAAAGUAUGUGCUCCCACUGAAUUCCGUUUAUACAAUGUUCACCGUGAAAAUCAACGGGAGUGGAGGUACAUCAAACAGUGAAGCUGUCCUGACAGUUAAAGGAUUUAAAAUUAACCUGGGAUCCAAUUUGGCUUCCGUGACGAGCUCUUAUUCAUCUUCUUAUGCAGGAGAUUAUCAAACCGGUCAGUUAGAUCAACUGACAAUUUAUUUUGACAAAGUUGUUAAUAAGGCGGUAGCAGGCUCUCCACUGAUGCGCAGUACAUUGUUUAUAACAGUGGAUAUUCAACUCACUGAUACUCGACGUGCGGACAUUGGGACCGUGUGGCCUUUGCAGUUUACAAGUAAAUUCACAAGUUCAAGUGCUGUUACGAAAUACAACACAUCCUACGUGAAAUGUACAAGAACUGGUUUAGAAAAACCAGUAAUUCAGUUGUUAUUAUCACAGUUGUUAACGAAUUCACUCCAAGACUGCUCUGACAGAAACCAAGUUUAUCUACAAACUUUGGUUAGAAUGCAGAAUGAGACGGGAUUAGAAUGCGAAACACAGUCAAUAAAUUUCUAUUUUGGUUCAGCGGUAGAAUCAAUCAAAAUAUUUAGUCAAAACGGGAGUAUGAGUCCGGUGGUCCCAAAAUCACCUCUGGAUCCAGUAACGAGAACCGCUAAGUUUUCGACUAGUCGUUUAUAUUUUGGUCAGGAAUAUACAGUUAUUUUUCAAAUAAGGUUUCCGAAAUCUUCAAACAUUUCGAUUGUGAAACUUCCAGUACUGGCAGAAGUUGUAUGUAAACCAUAUAUGCGUAGCAUUUCCCUCUCAAACCAAUGCAUCAAGUCCAGCUUUUUCAGAUUCAUAUCUCAAAUAAGUCUCGAAGUUGACUAUCGUUCUUACACUUAUCUAUGCGACUUGCCACACUAUAUUGCAAUGAGUAAUUCGCAAGUGGAAUCAAUGAGUAGUCAAGUGACUACAUUUUUAAAUGUUGGUGAUCGCUUGUUUUAUUGCGGUAGAGCAUUUAGUCGCAAAAGAUCAUUUGAAAGAGAGAGACGCUGCUUCAUGAUAAGUCAACUGCCUGGACGAAAAUGGUUAGAUAUGGGACCAAGUGUCACGCAGAUCCUGGCAUAUGCGAACCCGUCUGGUACGCUUUUUGGUGUGGGAGCCAAUGGCGGUGGUGUGGUAAUGACUAGGAACUUUGGAGCAACAUGGAUUUCAAUCAACUCCUUUGAAUAUCAGAACACUCUUAAUACGUCAACAGAAAUAAUCAGUGCAAGUGUCGUGCCCUGGUUUUCACUAUCAAGACCAUUUGACAGAUCAUAUUUUGAUUCGUUUUGUAUGCUAAAUGUCACAGGAAUAUGGGAUGUCUGCAUUGAUGCAAUUUACGCAAAACAAGUGGUGUUAGCCAACUGGACUGUCACGUGUCCCAAUGUCAAAUUAUUUAAGCAAAUAAACACUCUACUUUAAAACUCACAUAGUGUUGCAAUGCUUGUCAAUUUCUUGUCAUUAUUUACGUCAAACAUGAUAGCAUAUGCUAAAUAAUUGUUAAUUGUUUACCUUGAAUUCAUAUUUCUUACAUGUAGCUGAACUUUGUAUUCAAUAAAUUAUAGUUCUACCGU